AUGCGCACAAAUGUGGCCGUCCAACUGCUUUCCCGCACUACUACACCACAUGGCACUUGCCGUUUGAAGAACCAUACCGCCGCAAGCCUUGGUGCUUGUCAUGUCAAGGGUGGAUUCCUUUACCGCGGCACCGCAAAGAUAUGGGAGGCUGGAGAAGUCUUGCCACCGCUCGAAUCCAUCACCGAUCCGGCCACCAGAACAUUUUUGGAGGCAAUGGUUCGCCAGCAGGCACGAGAUCUGAAAAAGUUCGACGCGCCGGGAGAGGCGCUUAUUCCCGAACACAUACUGGUUAUCGCCACAGAGAUCCUUCAGUGGAGCGCGGGCAAACAGCCAAUGCAUUUUCCUCCGCAACGCACCCUUCAAACUCCGGAAGGCCGGCGCGAAGAGGCGUUUCGGCAGCUCCAGACUCAGCUAUGCAAUCGUCGUCACGAGGGCCACGAUAAGAACAAUAGCUUCUGGCACCUGGCAUCCAGGUUACUUCUCUUUCGGCAGCGUGACUUGGCUGGCCUGGCCCAGGAUGAGCUGCGUUACGCGUGGAGAGGCAGAGAGAUCCAGUCUGGGCGGGAAGGCCAGCGAAGGCAAAAUGGACGGGGGGGUAACGAGAAGGACGAGGACGGGGGUGAGCAUGAGGAUGAGGAUGAGGACGAGAGUGAGGAUGAGGACCAGGAAGAUGACAUUGGAGGCGGAGGCGAUAGAGGCGAUGAUCAUGCUGGUGAUAGAGCUGCUGCUGCUGCUGGUGACGGAGACGACCACGGCGACAAUCCAACCGACAAUCAAACCAGUCGGCUCUGA